AUCUGACAGAUCUUCUUACAGCAUUGCAUGCCCGUCUGAAUCAUUUGGCCCUCAGGAUGAUUUUCAAACUGGCAAUACUGGCUGAUCUCUGCAUUGCUGCUGGUUGUUGUUUUCGGCUGUUCUGGAGCUCCUUCUGAAGAGCUCCUGGCCUUCCCUCGGUUUAAGACACGAGCAUCCCACCGGUGGGCGGGUGUCCAGACGGACGAGUAUGCCGCCCAAAGCCUCCAAGAAUCGCAAAGCUGCCAAUGGGUAUCGCUUGCCCGAUGCCCUGCCCGAAGGGGAAAUCCUGACGGGUCUGACCAAGAAAUCCUGGCGAUUAGGCAAAUCCAUUGGCGUGGGCGGUUUCGGGGAAAUCUAUUUAUGCAGUGAGGACACGCAUCGACCCGUGGGCGAGGAUGCCCCACUAGCCAUGAAGAUCGAGCCUCACGAGAACGGACCGUUGUUUGUCGAGAUGAACUUCUACAUUCGAGCCGCGCAGGAGGCCGACGUCAUGCAGUAUCUGAAAUCUCGGGGCUUGACCCAGCUGGGCAUGCCGGUGCAUCGGGGCAGUGGCAGCCACAAGUUCAAGAAUGAUCGCUAUCGAUUUUUGGUCAUGGACCGCUAUGGACGCGACCUUGAGCACGUCUUCCAGUCGGGCCAACGUCCUUUCUCGCUCCAGACCGCUUUCAAUCUAGCCAUCAAGAUCAUCGAUGUCUUGGAGUACAUCCACUCCCGCGGCUAUGUCCACAAUGAUGUCAAGGCCCAGAAUUUGCUGCUCGGCUAUGGUCGCACUAAAGAACACGACGUGUAUUUGGUGGACUUUGGCUUAGUGUCCAAAUAUCAACGAGAAGGCGUCCAUUUGGAGUACAAGCCCGACGCUCGCAAAGCUCACGAUGGUACCAUCGAAUACACUUCCCGCGACGCCCACAUUGGGGCUCAUUCGCGACGCAGCGAUCUCGAGAUUUUAGGCUAUAACCUCGUGCAUUGGAUGUCCGGUCAUCUUCCAUGGAUGGAUAACUUAACGAAUCCUCAAUACGUAUUUGGUCAGAAAAAGCAUUGUCUGGGCGACAUUUCCGCCUUUCUUGGAAAGUGCUUCGGCGAGAACGAAUACCCAGCCGAGUUGGAGGACUUUUUUCAGUAUGUGAUUGCCUUGGAGUUCCACGAAACCCCGGAUUACGAAAGAUGCAAGGACAUGUUCAAGAAAGGGCUCAAGACAAGAAAGUUUCCCUUGGACGGCAAGAUCGAUUUUGCCGCGGCUAAGAAAGCCUCCCCCACCAAAAAGGGUCACGCCAGCAAAGUACGGAAACGAAACACACGUGGCAAAUCCAAAGGUGUGGCCGCCAAUCAGCCACCCUCACCUACCUUGGAGUCGCUCAUGGGGAUCGAGUCAGGAGCUGUCACCAGAUCGGGAGAAACGGAGGAAAUGAACAAUUGGUGCUGGGAAAAGGUGCUGUGCUCAGAUCCGGAGAUGCUCAUUCGUCAGGCAUCUCGCCAAUCUGAGAGCGAAAGUCAGAACCCCUUGGCGCUUCAGCUCAAAGCCUUGGACGAGAGGAAGCAGGCCGAAAGUCUGGAGAAUCCCACCCCAGCCAUGCAAGCGCUCAUUCAAAGGCUGGAAGAGCGAGAAACCGAACGACAGCACAUGUCCUGGCAACAACAGCUUCACCAUUUGACGGGGAGAAAAAACAGCAUCCAAAGAAACAACUCCGUGGUUUGGGAUCUCACACCCAAUCCUCUGACCCCAGCCAUGGAAGAAGUGAUUGCCAUGCGCUCCAGGCGGAUAUCCGUUGACUAUGAUAUUCCCAUUACGCCUGAGCCUUCGUCGGAUGAAGACGCUUUUCUGGAAAGUGAAGACGAUGACUCCCACGAACCUAGCGAUGAUGAAGAAUAUCGACCCCGCGGUUCCCCUGCUAAGAAACGUUCGCCCGGUGUCUGUCCUAGCUCAAACAAGUCCCCUGUCAGCCGUCGAAACGUGAAAGGUCGACUCAGUCCUCUGCGGAAAUGUUCCACUAAUUCCAAGGCGACGGUCCCCGCUCGCAAUCUUGAUGUCAAGCCCAGGAUGAACGAGAAUCCAGGCAAAGAGAACGGAGCCGUGGAUGCCAAAUCGCUGCGCUCCAUUUUGAAGGAAGACAUCAACCUGGUUCAACAGCGAGAGGCUCUCAAGAAGUUCGAGGCGAUGGCGGCCAAGAAGAAAGUCACCCAAGAGUUAAACGAAUGUUCUUUAGCAUCCAAUGGGAGCACUCAUAUUCCCAAAAAUAGCACGACCACGCCCAAAGGCGUCAAGGGUGGCCCAAGGCGAAUAUCCAUCCAAAACGAAGCUCAACCCAUUCGGAACAAAGACUCUCCUCCCGAUAAGGUUGCUUGGCAGUCUGCUAUGUGUACAACCAAUCGGGGUCGAAAGUCCAAGCAAUCCAAAGAAACUUGGCAGCUUAAUGCAACAAUAGAAACACAAGGAGACACGGAUCUUGAAGAGUUCCACGGGUUUCCAAGUGAGCAAAAGAUCGUUGAUCGACAACGGGAAUCUAGUGUCACGCCAUCCAAACCAUCGCCAAGAAAGACACGAUCAAAGUCGAAAGACUCCUCGUCUUCGUCUUUGCCCGUGUCCAAAAAGUCGACUUGGUGGCGACGUAAUCUUACCAAGACCGCAUUCGCUGAAACUAGACCCUCUGGUCCGAAAGACGGUCCCUUCCCUGAAGAUGAUCCUCAACGGGGUCGUUCCCCAGAUUUGCUCGAUUCUCGGGGCGAAUCCAGUGCCAACUCACCCGAACCUGAGCAUUCCCACCUGGAAAGCAGCCAUCAAUGGGACGAACCACCGAUCCUGGCUAAAGAGCCCCGCGUGGCUCGCUCCAAGAAGCGAGCCAUUUCUCCUGACAUUGAGGAUGGAUUCGUCACGCCACCUCCACCCCAGAAAAAGUCACGGACUCUCUCCAUCGAGAGUCCCAACAACGACGACUUGUUUGAUCAAUUGCUUAUGAGUGGGGUGAAGAACAAGAUCUUCAACCAGAGUCUCUUCCCAACCCAAACGUCCCGUGCUGCGGAUGAGGCCAUCGAAGGGGAUUUGGUUUUCCAUAGAGUGGACGGCUCCGUGGAAGAGAAGAACCAAGACCAGAGUGUUUCAACACAAAAUGAACCGCCAAUCCGACGUAAGCGUGUCAAGGUGAAAAAGAUAAAGGCCAAAGAGCGGAAAAUCUCCAAGAUACUAGAUGAGGACGAUUCGGAUCUUGAGCCCCUGCGAGCAUCCAAGAAGCCGAAAUCCAAAAAAUUGACCCAAGAAACAUCGGAGAGACCAAACAAGAGUGCCGUGAACGAGGUCGCUGGAGCUGUAGACAAUGCGUUUUGCACCAAAAAUGGCCGCACUUUGAAAAGCAGGGCAGCGAGGAAAGCGGCCAAGAAAGCUAAACGAAAGGCAAAAAAGAUCAAAAAGGCUGAGGCCAAGGCUCAACCCACCGGCCAAUCGGCCCUUCUCACCGAGCGUUCGGCUUCCUCAAUCGCAUUGAGAACCACCAGGUCUGGAGGCAUAAUCAAGCGCAAGAAACGGAAAUAAUCGUCCAAUGUAAUCGAAAUAGUAUUGGAAAGUACCAAACAGCUCAGUUUUGUGACACCCCUCUGGCUCCCUUGGUCGCCUUGAGGCCACGUUAGGAGACCCAAAUUCUUUUAGCCAUCACUUAAUUUCUCGUGUUACGCAAAGCAACUCCUUUUUUGAUCAAAAAUGGCUGUGACAUUUUUUACCUUCGUUCAUGUACAACGAUGAUGAUGUUCUAACCAGAUUAUUGAUUUCGUGAUAUUACUGUAAUUUGGCUUCCUUCACGGAGAUUUCCCACUUCCUAAACAACCAGCCGCAUCAUUUAGCAAUUCUUAUCCGACAAGUUUUUUAUGAUCGUCAUUUAAAUCAAGGUCUUUAUUGUCACAUUCAAUGUAAAAUACAAGCAGCAAUGAUUGAUAACCAAUUCUGAUAUUGUUCAAUUUGAACAAGAAAUCAAGGAACCACCCACCUAUCCACCAAUCAACCAACACAACACAACCCACCCUUGCCUAUGUUGUAAUACCAAGUUCUACUACCCCCUUCCCUACCCCCCCUCCCUCUCUAAAAUCAAGCACGUGUUUCCCUGGAUCGGACAGGGCUCACCAUAUUUGAAGGUCAGCGAAUCGAGGUCAACCAGAUGGUUUGUUCAAGGGUCAAAUGAAACAUUAUUGUAUUGGCAUUGAUGCAUUUGUUACUACACGGCUUUUUUUCUCGCAGAAAAAUAAAUUGUUACAAUUGGG